GUGGAGCUAUCAUGUUCUCCCUAGUAACCUAAGAUCCUGACCUACCUUGCCAAGGCCGACCAGCUGCAAGUAUCAUGGCGGUAUCACAUGAGAACCAGGUGCGCCUGGCCCAUUCAUCACCACUAGACACCUUGGUUCGGCGAACUUCGUCUAAACGACAGGCCGUCCAACGGAAAGAAGAACAUGAGGCUCGGAAGCAGGCUACUGCCAUCAAUCCCUCUUUCCCAGUGCCAUCUUCCUCUCGGUCAACUCGUUUUCCGGCGUCGUUACAAAUCCAAGAUUUGCAUGCAACUUCUCCGCCGAGGCCAUACUAUGCAACUAGUCCGAGAGUGCCCGAGUCUCCUCUGUUGCACUCGCAAUUCCGUAAUUCGACAGCUAGCAAUGCUGACUAUCUUAACAGAAAGUCGUUUCUGUCGUUGACGGACGAAUCAAACGGAUAUUAUGACGAGCUUGAAUCAUAUUACGAAGAGAAUAGCAUGUAUUCACUGCGGCAAAGUCACACCCCCGGCGCUUCUACAGACAGCCACCGUGCUUGGCAUACCACCCUAGAACCUACCAGUGGUUCCACAAAUGUGUUGAACAUACAAUCCUCGGUUCAUGACAUGCAUCUGUCAAACUCAAGCACUCCCGUUCCAACCGUCGUGGUUUCCCAGCCCGUGGAUGUCGACAAGCAGGUCGCCGCUAAUGAGCCAAAACUUGGCGGAAAGUCACCCAUAGUUGACCCUACUCCCCGCAUAAACUUUUCCAGGCCAGGCAGACCACCAAUAAUCUCCUCUGAAGAACAGAAACGCCAGGUUCUUGAACGAAAUUCACGAAGAACCCGUUCUCCACUGACCGCUCAUACCCCCCUUUCGUUUGUUCCAAUUACGCCCCAGACGGGCGUAAGCUUUCCUGAAAACCAAUUUUUGUCGCCUACGCCGCAAUCUGAUGCACACUCGCCAGGGUCCUAUCUUCAACCAAACUAUGCUGUUUCUUCCCCGACCCUUUCAUCCCCCUCCCAUGUACACCUCCCCUCUCACCCCCCGUCUGUACGUCCAAGCUCACCAGAAAGCUUAUACUCCACCUCAUAUUCAUUUUACCGUCUGAGCGAUGGCUCUCCAUCCCCAACUGGCAAUUCAAAUUUCCCUACCCAAUCACCUUCCUCGCCGGGCAACCGUUCACCUUCUACCGAGCCUUCAACUCCACAAGAAUAUCUCCAGCUAGGAAUACAAUACCACGAGGCCAACAAACUACAAGAUAGCGCAUUUUACUUCGAGAAAAGUGCAAAGGAACAGGGUGGCUGUGGGACAGGGAUGCUCUUGUGGGGAUUGACGCUGAGGCAUGGGUGGGGAUGCGAGAAGAACGAGAAAAGUGGUUUCAAGUGGCUCACAAAGGCCGCGGAAAGCGCUGUGGAUGAUCUGGGCAAGGCGAGAGAAGGCAUGGAUGUGAAGGCUGUUAGAUCGGAGCUUGUGCUAGCGAUUUACGAGGUUGGGCAAUGCUUCUUUCAUGGCUGGGGCGUGGCUAAGGACUACAAGAUGGCAGUCAGUUACUAUCGAGUUGCUGCAAACCUCGGCGACGGGGAUGCACAAGAAGAUCUCGCUUUUUGCCUAGCCAAUGGCAAAGGGUGCAAAAAGGAUAAGAAAGAAGCUGCUAAGUGGUAUCGCGCUGCUGUCGCACAAGGUGCCAGCGACGUAGGGAUGGCGUGGAUCUACAAGGACAAAUACAAGGGCUAGCGCGCUGGCCAAUGAUGAAGAAUCCUGCACCGCGGAACAGCAGCUCUGCGCAUCAUCAGCGAUGCCCACAAAAGGCCCAUAUUCGACUGAAUCCUCACAACAGACGGUGGAUAAAAGAGCUCCUCGAGGAGAAGGCGAGAUCAUGAAUUUCUGUCACAUAUAACCAUGAAUAUAGGAGAGGUGGACAGGACAAUGGAUGUACCAUUUUGGAUAAGUCAUUUAAUGUAUCUUCGAACUGCGAUUUAGAUGUACAAGCUCUUGUCAUCCUUUGCUUUGCCAUUUGGAGUACUCUGUUGGUUAAAUGCUUCGACAUGAAGGACAAGGCGCCAGGGGAGCAUGACUUGGCCGACAAAGCGACUAGUCUCGUUUCCCAGAAUGUACUCCUCAGUGUUAACGAGGAUGAUAUUCAAAAGUUGGUCAGUGCCCAUAAAUGUGCCAAUGAACACUCGAUUAUCGGUCGUCGUGAUGCGAAGUGUUGUA